AUGGCGAUGCUGAGCAGUAUAGAGGAGGCGCUAGGAGCGCUGAAGCGGGCGGCGGCGGUGUUUGUCAUGGCUGGCGCGGGUAUGGGGUGUGACUCGGGUCUGCCGGCCUUCCGUACACCGGAUGGGUUUUGGAAGGCAUAUCCGCCGUUUGCGGCGCGCGGGCUGGAGUUUCACGAGGUCUCUACGCCCAAGUGGUUUGAUGAGGAUCCGACAAUGGCAUGGGGCUUCUUUGGGCAUCGCCACCAGCUCUACACCGCGGCCGAGCCGCACUCGGGCUACCAUCGGCUGCUGGAGCUAAUAAGCGCCAAGGAACCGAUCGGGGUGACCAACGGUGGCGAGGACGAUGAUGGCGGCGAUGUGCCGCCGGGCUUUGUCUUUACCUCGAAUGUGGAUGGCGCCUUUGUCAAGGCUGGCUAUCCGCCGCAGGCCAUCGUCGAGUGCCACGGCUCGCUGGGCCACCUCCAGUGCGUGGCGCCGUGCAGCGACGCGAUCUGGACAGCUCCGGAUGGCUUGAGCAUUGUGGUCGAUGAGGAUACGUUUCGGGCGGCAGAGCCGCUGCCGGCGUGCGGAGCGUGUGGCGGACUGGCGCGGCCCAACGUGCUGAUGUUUGGCGACUGGCGGUGGGUCGCGGACCGAACUGAAGCGCAGGAGGAGCGCUACGCUCAGUUCCGUACUCAUGUCAGGGCCCACCUUCGGAUGAACCCGAGCGCGACGGUGGCGAUUGUGGAGAUGGGCGCGGGCAAGGCGGUGCCGACGGUCCGGCUCGAGUCUGAGGAGCUCGCUCGUGAUUUUGGCGCGCGGGCAGCGCUCAUCCGCAUCAACCCUGCCGAGGCCGACAUACCCGACAUCGGCCUCGCGCGCGGCAUCGAGCUCGCAAUGGGAGCCAAGGCAGCGUUUGAUGCGUUUGAGGCAGUCGAGCGGAGCUAGAGCCAGCCCAUGAUGCGA